UACAAUCAGAUCCCUUAAGAAUAAUAUACUGUAUAUUCAAACGUUUUGAUGAACAAUUGAAGAAAUUCGUCUCAAUUUUGCCCUAAUUUUAGCUCUAUUGAUUUUUUGUUGAAUUGGGGGAUCGAAUUUGAUUGAAUGGACCUUCUGUGUAAAGUCUAUGGCGGAACCUCUGAUGAAGAAGACGACAAUGGUGGAAUUCACCUUCAAAGACCCAUUUUGCCGCCUCCAAAACGAGCCAAAUUCGAGAAUUUUCAUCAAGUUAGCAAUCAUUUGCCACUCUACAAGUCUAAUCCAAGUGCCAAUCUCCCAGCGCAAGCUUCCCUUCCAGGAAGAUACAUUUCUAAGAGAGAGCGAGCUGCCAUGGCUUCAGUGGAGAAAGUUCCAGACCUCAGCACAACGAUUUCCCCUACCAGUUCACCAGUUUUAGGGAGCAUUUUGGAUUCAGUUCUGCCACAUAAUAUUUUGUCAGCUUUGAGAGAUCAAACUAAAGUCUACGGGAACAUGAUCCACACGCCAGAAAGACUGUCUGUAGUUCUAGAUGGACACAAAAGAUCAGUUAAUGCUGUACAGUGGUCUACAAGUCAUGCUCACCUUCUAGCAUCUGCCGGAAUGGAUCAAACUGUCUGUAUAUGGAAUGUGUGGAGCAGAGAUCAGAAGAAAGCACGUGUACUUAAUUGUCACCAUGCGGCUGUCAAAGAUGUGAAGUGGUCGCCAUAUGGUCUAUUUGUGCUCUCUUGUGGAUAUGACUGCACAUCAAGGUUGAUUGAUGUUGAAAAAGGAACUGAAACCCAGGUUUUCAAUGAGGAUCAAGUUGUUGGAGUGGUAAAAUUUCAUCCGGAUAAUUAUAAUCUCUUUCUCUCUGGAGGUUCGAAAGGUCACCUUAAAAUAUGGGAUAUAAGAGCUGGGAAGGUGGUCCAUCAAUAUGUGCGAAAUCCUGAUCCUAUCCUUGAUGCUGAAUUUACAGUUGACGCAAAGCGAAUAAUUUCAUCAAGUGAUACAUCCAAAAGCAAUAUUAGUGAAAAUUCAAUUAUGGUUUGGGAUGUCUCACGAGAAAUCCCUCUAUCUAACCAGGUUUACGGUGAAGCAUAUACAUGUCCCUCGAUAAGUUGCCAUCCUUCUGAUCCCAAAUUUAUAGCACAGUCAAAUGGAAACUACAUAGCAAUUUUCUCUACCAAGCCUCCAUUUGGACUUGACAAGUACAGGAGAUAUGGAGGCCAUAGUGUUUCUGGAUUCCCCAUAAAAUGCAAUUUCAGCUUGGAUGGUGAGAAAGUAAUAUCUGGUUCCUCUGAUGGAUACAUUUAUGUUUACGACUCGAAUACUUGUAAGCUCAUCAGAAAGAUUAAGGCAUACAAUGAGGCUUGCAUCGAUGUUGUAUUCCAUCCUGUCAUGUCGAAUGUUGUUGCUUCAUGUAGUUGGAGUGGACAAGUUUCAGUUGCAGUAACCUAAAAUGUUAAAAAAAAUUGUAUCAAGUUUUUUUUUGUACAGUCUGUUUUUGACGGGAAAUCUUGGACAAAUGGUAAAGUUAUCUCCGUGGGACCUAUUGGUCACGAA